AUGGCCGAGGGGCAAGUACCUUAUAGCCGAGGGGCAACUGCCAGCAAUGCCGAGAGGCUACUACCAGCAUUGCCGAGGGGCUUUUGUCAGCAUUGCCGAGGGGCUUGUGUCAGUAUUGCCGAUGGGCUAGUGCCAGCAUUGCCGAGGGGCUACUGUCAGCACUGCCGAGGCUCUAGUGUCAACAUUGCCGAGGGGCUAGUGCCAGCAAUGCCGAGGGCCUUCGCCAGCAUUACCGAGGGGCUAGUGCCAGCAAUGCCGAGGGUCUUCGCCAGCAUUGCCAAGGGUCUAGUGUCAGCAUUACCGAAGGGCUACUGCCAGCAUUGCCGAGGGGCUAGUGCCAGCAUUGCCGAGGGGCUAGUCCAAUUGCCGAAGGGCUUGUGCCAGAAUUGCCGAGGGGCUAGUGCGAGCGAUGCUGAGAGGCUACUGUCAGCAUUGCCGGGGAUCUAG